AUGGCAGCGUCCGGUCGGUCCACGACCAGCAACACAAACAUCCCAGAAUACGAAUACUCCGAUGUGAACACCAAGCCGUUUCACAUCGGCGGCUUCCGUAGCGAGUGGCUGAGCAGACUGAGGCCGGAGGACUGCUCCUACCAGCCGGAGGACGAGGACGCGUUCGAGGCUAACUUCGCCAAACAGCAUGGGGUCAGUGCGGAGACCAUGCUGGAGCUGAAGACCGUCUGCAGUAUCGAUUCCCUCCGUUGCCAUCCUGAGGAUGAGCAGCCCGACCCGGAGGUGGUGCCUCCGAACCCGACGCUUCAAACACUGAUAGAAAGGAAAAAGAAACAAGAUUAUAAGGCUUCUCUGAGAAUCACCAAGAACAGACAUGACCUCUACGCCAAUGAACUGGAGCGUUUAACUUAUGGUAUGAAACCAGAAGCAGUGGAUGACAUGCUGCCGGAGGGAGAAGUCAUUCUGACCGUCAACGUCUACUACCCGGCCAUUUAUGAUAGAUUUAACUACGUCAGACCCCACAUGACUUUGCUGAUGACGGGCUCCCACAGCUUGGCGGAGUUCAGGGACGCAAUUUGCUGCGUCAGCGACCUGCAGGUGUGCGGCGAGUUCAGCAACACGCCAAACAUCGCUCCAGACUUCAUCAGCAAAGAUCACUACAAGUCAGCUUUCUUUUUCUUCGAAGGCGUUUUCUACAACGACAUGCGGUACCCGGAGUGUCAAGACAUCAGCAUGACGACGAUUGAAUGGGCAAAGAGCCACAACUUCCCGUCCUACAGCCAGGCCAAGAUGGAGGACACGCGCUUUGCGGAUCUGAAUGUGAAAGUGGGCUUCCCGUACCUCUACUGUCACCAGGGAGACUGUGAACACCUCGUCAUCAUCACAGACGUCAGGCUGACGCACAAGAACGACUGCCUGGACAAGGAGCUGUAUCCGCUCCUCACUCACAAACACAGAGUCGCCACGCAGAAGUGUGCCGUUUGCCAUAUCUUCAUUGGAAGAUGGUUUACUACCAACGAUGAGUUUGCUCCCAGUCACCCAUGUCUCUUCUGUGACAAGUGUUUCCGGACGCUUCACUACGACGAAGACGGCCACAAGCUGGGAGACUUCCUGGCCUAUCCCUACGUGGACCGAGGGGCCUUCAACUGAAGCUCCUCUGGAGUGACUGGGUCCAGUCACGGAUAUAUUGCUGUAUAAUACAGUUAAAUCUCUUUGUUUUUCACAAAGAAAGUUCUUCUGCAGUCUCAUGGAUGCAAUAGAACUACAGUAUAGUAAUAGCUGGAGCAGCAAUAACGGCGACAGUCAAAUUUAACUGAGAAUGGAAGGAUUUUUGUGAGGUCCUUUUUCCAAAAACAUGAUUACAGACAAAACUUGUUACUAUAUGUUCUACUUUAUUAAUGGAGGCUGAAACAGGUCGUCAGACAGGCACAAAAAUACUCUUAUUUACAUCUACACUUUGUUAAAAGGAAACAAAAAACACAACCUUCAAACAAACACUUGAACAUGGUUGAGAAUAAAGCAUUUUCUUGGCAAAAGAAACUUUGGCAAACUCCAGAAUCUUCAGUGUGCGUAUCUGAAGUGAUGCUUCUAUGAAACGAUUAUGCAGCCAAUAACAGCGGACGUGGCGACGGUGUCUGUGGCCUCCGUACUUCAAUAUAACUUAAGCUGAAGAUGAGAUUAAACCAUUGAUUGUGUAAAUGUAAAAAACCUUAAUUAAAUGUGAAAGAGAGAACAUCUAUUGGGUUAAAGGUCCUGCUGGUGCUGACCUGCUCUCUGCGAGCGUGCCCGUUAAGUACUAACUUCUCAGCGCUACAGAUCUACAAGUGCUAACUCUUCACACCGUUAACCAGAUUCAACAGAUGCUUGUAAGACGAUGAGCCAGAAAGGUAAAGAAAACACAAAGUACAAAAAUAAACCGUGUGGUCAGUGGUUAUCGGGGCUGGAGGGUCACUGAAGCCUUAGAGCAGCAAAUUUGACAGAAGGCCGUCAGGAAUCUGGAAACCAGUGUUUGUGAUUAGUCAUCGAGAGGAGGUGGACAGGAGGAGAUCCCAGUGGGUGAGCUCAGCGUGGACAGAGGAGCCCAGCAGACCCCACUCAGGUGGACUCUUCCUGAGCUUCUGGGGCACUGCAAAGAAAACAAACAAACAAAUGCUUACAUUUUUCCGCAGAACAUUGUCGAUUUAGCGUCGGUGCUCAACAGAAGACACAAGUCCGUGAGUGAGUGAGAAAACUGCAGGACGUACAGUGCAUCCGGAAAGUAUUCACAGCGCUUCACUUUUAGUUAUGUUACAGCCUUAUUCCAAAAUGAAUUAAAUACAUUUUUCCCCUCAAAAUUCUACACACAAUACCCCAUCAUUAUAUUGAAAAAAGUUUGUAUAAAUAGGGUUGUAUUGGCCAGGUGAUGAGCGGUGCCUGGUUUCCUCCAGACAUGACGCUUGGCAUUCAGGCCAAUGGGUUCAAUCUUUGUUUCAUCAGACCAGAGAAUUUUGUUUCUCAUGGUCUGAGAGUCCUUCAGGCGCCUUUUGGCAAACUCCAGGAGGGCUGUCAUGUGCCUUUUACUGAGGAGUGGCUUCCGUCUGGCCACUCUACCAUAUCGGCUUGAUUGGUGGAGUGCUGCAGAGAUAGUUGUCCUUCAGUGCAACGCUGGAACUCUGUCAGAGUGACCAUUGGGUUCUUGGUCACCCCCCUGAUGAAGGCCCCUCUUGGGCGGCCAGCUCUAAGAAGAGUCCUGGUGGUUUUCAAAUUUCUUCUUUUGACAGAUGAUGAUGGCCACUGUGCUCAUUGGGACAUUAAAUGCUGCAGACAUUUUUCUGUACCCUUCCCCAGAUCUGUGCCUCGAUACAAUCCUGUCUCGGAGGUCUACAGACAAUUCCUUGGACUUCAAUGGCUUGGUUUGUGAAUUUAAUCCAUUUUGGAAUAAGGCUGUAACAUAACACAAUAUAGAAAAAGUGUUGUGAAUACUCUCCGUACGCACUGUAGAAAAGUGAACGCUGCAGAGUUUACAACUGAGAAACAGAAAAAUACACUCAACUCAAAAAUGUUGAAUUUUAUGGACAUGGAAAUAAGUCACAAUACUUGUGCGUCGCUGUGCCGGUUAAUUUCCAUGGGAGCGAUAGAUCCUGUCCUCAGAAACCACUCUACUUUAUCAUAAUGCCGAAGGUUUAAUUGCUAGUGGAUGUGCAGUGGAAGCUAAUAUAUCUCAGGAUGUGAGGAACACGCCCUCGGGACCCGUUUAUAUCCGCUAAGAAACCCUCAAUGAGAGAUUGCAUUGAACGACAGGAGGCACAGAGCCCGGAGUUAGCGUCGUGACUCUCUCUCUCUCUGAGUCCUGACUCACACAUUGUUGCUUCUGGGCUUUCUGUGAGUUUGGUGGACGUGCCGAGAAAUAGAGAGUGAUUAAGCAGAACGUUUCCGAGCCAGCUGAUGUGGACUUUCAUUUUUACAGCUCUUCUUGUGUAACAUAUGCAACACAUUUACGUCAUGUGAUACUGGAAGGGGCGCCGCAAACAAAAAAAGGUUUAUCCACUUUUAUGGGCCAAUUUUAAAACCUCACGGCGCAAAAGCGUGAUUCUGAAACCUACAGCAAAUGGCCACUAUGAUGUUUAAAUGUAUCAAUCAUUUUGACAGAGCAACCACUGAGUCCUUCCUGCGUUAUGGUAUCUCCUGCUGGUUUGUGAACAGUCAGCUGUAGAGCUCAACUUCUCUGUCUGGUUAAAAAAGCUGGAAAAUCAUGGUAACCAUCAUUCCACUCUCUCCCCAAGAAAAUUUUUGAGAUGUGUAUGUCCUUGACAAGCUCGCCCUUUGAAAUCAAGGAAACAUUGUGAAUGUUCUGUAACUAAACUGAUUACUUGUUUUUUCCCAGGCAAAUGUUAUGCCUUUAUUUAAUGGAUUUGUUGUAUUUUAUGUUUUUACCCGAUGUUUUUACCUGGUUUGAUGGCGCAAGGAGACAAUCAAGUUUUCAGACAUGACUCAUAUGAAGAACGUAGAAAAUGUCCGGAACACUCCUCCAGCAGCAGCGACACCCCGUCCGCGAGUCAGUUGCAUUACAGAAAAGGCUACAUGCUGAAAUAACUUUUACUUUUAGUACUUUAGAUAUACUUGAAACUGACUUUUACUCUUUUACAUUUUUGUCUAUUUAUUUGGACUAUUACUGAAGUAAAAUGUUUGAAAACUU